AUGCACGCCAAGCUGCUCGCCGUGUCCAGUCUGUGCGUCGCCGCCUCGGUUCUGCAGACUACCGACGCCCGUGGUGCUUCGACUGGGAUUCUUUCGCGUCGCCAGCUCGGCGACUACAAGGAUCACGAGCACGGACACCAUUCGCACAAGCACGACCACCACAAGAAGCACGUCCACGACAACGACAAAGGUCACUCGCACUAUCGCCGUCGGCUCGAAGACGCCAAGGCGACGGAGUCCUCGUCGGACUAUAGCUACGGUCACGACGACUACGGCCACGACGACUACGGUCACGAUGCCUACAAGCACAACGACUAUGGGCACGACCACUACGAGCAUAAGGACUAUGACCAUGGCAAAAAGGACUACAAGGGCUAUGGUGCUGACUACAGCUACGGCUACGACAAGCACGACUACAAGGGAUAUGGCCACGACAAGGACUACUAUGGCAAAGCAUCCGGCAACGACUACUACGGCUAUGGCAAGGGAUACGGCGACGACUACUACAGCUAUGGCAAAGGGUAUGGCAAAGGCUACGGUGACGACUACUCCGUCUACGGAAAGGGCUAUGGCAAAGGCUGUGGUGACGACUACUACAGCUACGGAGACGGCUAUAGCUAUGGCAAGGGAUAUGGCUAUGACAAGAGCUCGUAUGGCUAUGGCAAGGGAUACGGAGAUGACUACUACGGCUAUGGCAAGGGAUACGGCAAGGGCUGUGGUGACGACUACUACGGCUAUGGCAAGGGAUACGGCAAGGGAUACGGCAAGGGCUAUGGUGGGUACGGCUACCCGGACUACUACUCGUCGUACGGUGGUGACGUCGGCUACGGUGGCUAUGGAGGUGGCUAUGGUAGCUAUGGCUACCCGGACUAUUACUCGUCUUUUGGCUACGGCUACGGCCAACCUGGCUACGGGUCCCCGGACUACUUCGGCUACGAGUCUGCGUCUGGCGCUAGUGUCGAUGGCAACACCAUGAAGAAGGAAUCGUCGACUGCCGCUGCGACGGAUGGUGCCGAUACGAAGUCGGACGAGAAGGAGAGCAAGACGUCACCGGCGUCGGCGCCGAAGACGAAGGCGAAAGAGGCCAAGUCGGAUGACGCCGACAAGGCUACAAAAGGCAAGUGA